AUGUCGUGGAUAAUAUUGGGUUUCGGGCUCCCAGGGGGCCCUGAGAUGUUGUUCCAGCAGUUCUGGAGUAUGGGCCAGGCACGGCGGGCAUCUGGACCCAUCCUGCAUUACUCACUCAUUGUGAGCUUCAUGACUGCAGUUCGGGAUGUCACGCCCCCAUGCACUGCCCCCACCAUUCCCCACAACAUGGCCCUCACCAUGGCCCACUCAGGGCACAAGGCUUUCUGGGUGAUUCCUGGUACUCAGUGUGAUGUUUACAUCUCCAACCCCUCCCGGCUUGGGCAUCUGGCUGCACCCCAGCUCUGUGGCCUCAUCUCCCAGGGAACCUUUGUUCUAAUCUGUCUCCUGCUGAAACCCGGCCUCAUUCAGCUCAGCGAGGGGGUGAGACUGGUGUGGGCGCACCCUGCAGAAGGAUCCCACAGCAGAGCCAUGAAGAAAUUAGUGGUGCUGGGCCUGCUGGCCGUGGACAUUGUUGGCCUCUGUCUCUUGCUGCCCUUGGCCUCCAAGGAACCUGACAACCAUGUGUACGCCAGGGCUGCCGUGGCUGCGGAUGCCAAGCACUGCUCCGAGAUUGGGAGGGACGCACUGCAGGACGGUGGCUCUGCGGUGGAUGCAGCCAUUGCAGCCCUGUUGUGUGUGGGGCUCAUGAAUGCCCACAGCAUGGGCAUCGGGGGAGGCCUAUUUUUCACCAUCUACAACAGCACCACGCGAAAAGCUGAGGUCAUCAACGCCCGCGAGGUGGCCCCCAGGCUGGCCUUUGCCAGCAUGUUCAACAGCUCGGAGCAGUCCCAAGACGGUAAGCGGUCCUGCAGGCUUGGGGAGUGGGUGCAGAGCCGGCUGGGCCACCGGGAAGGGGCCUUGCCCACAGGAGCCUGGCCCCAUCAGGGUCCGGGGGCAGUUCUAGCACCCCCAUCCCUUCCUGUGAGCCGAGAUUGUGCCACUGCACUGCAAAACAAGCGGACCAUCAUCGAGCAGCAGCCUGUCUUGUGUGAGGUGUUCUGCCGGGACGGAAAGGUGCUUCGGGAGGGGGAGAGACUGACCCUGCCGCGGCUGGCUGGCACCUACGAGACGCUGGCCAUCGAGGGUGCUCAGGCCUUCUACAACGGCAGCCUCACGGCCCAGAUUGUAAAGGACAUCCAGGCAGCUGGUGAGUGGAUAACCUCAGGGCUUAUCCUGGGCCUCUCAGGGAGUAAGUCUGAGCCUCAGUGGGUGGAUAGGGACCAGGCUGGGUCGAGCGAGGUCAGGCGCUGUCUGACCUGGCUGGGCGGUAGCUUUGGCUCCAAGGUCCGCUCCCCAGUCAGUGGGAUCCUGUUCAAUGAUGAAAUGGAUGACUUCAGCUCUCCCAACAUCACCAAUCAGUUUGGGGUGCCCCCCUCACCCACCAAUUUCAUCCAGCCAGGGAAGCAGCCGCUCUCGUCCAUGUGCCCAGCAAUCAUGGUGGGCCAGGAUGGCCAGGUCCGGAUGGUGGUGGGAGCUUCUGGGGGCACGCAGAUCACCACGGCCACUGCACUGGCCAUCAUCUACAACCUCUGGUUCGGCUAUGACGUGAAGCGGGCCGUGGAGGAGCCCCGGCUGCACGACCAGCUUCUACCCAACGUCACAACAGUGGAGAGAAACAUUGACCAGGCAGUGACUGCAGCCCUGGAAACCCGGCACCAUCACACCCAGAUCGCAUCCACCUUCAUCGCUGUGGUGCAAGCCAUUGUCCACACACCUGGUGGCUGGGCAGCUGCCUCGGACUCCAGGAAAGGCGGGGAGCCUGCCGGCUACUGAGUGCUCGGGGCAGACAAAGCUGACCAGCAAUCCAGGGACAAGAUACUCACAAGGACCGGGAAGGGGACUUUGGGGUCGUGCUUCCCUUGUGAGUGGCAGAGCAGCACAAUAAAUGAGGCCAUUAUGCCAGGCUCCAGGCAGCCUCCCUGGCCUGGCUCCCCACUC